AUGCUUCCAAUUUUGCCAUAUCUUGGUAGCAAAGCCCUACUCCUCUUCAUAACAGCACUUUCUGUGCAUGUCUCCCUUUCUCCGCCGAAUCCGCCGGUUAAAAAAGAGGACCAGAUUUACUUUGUUCAGAAACUUGGCCUUGGGAGCAAGACGCGCACAACUUUCAAUCCAAGAAAUUCGCCAAUCAUCGGAAUCACAUCGCCUUUUGAAAAGGUCGUAUUAUGGGUUACUUUUAGCAGUAAAUUGAUGAUCUGGGCCGGGGUGCUUCUAAAUAUUCUUGCGUUGGCCGCGGUCGGGUGCAGCAGUGGUAACACACCGUUGGCGGCAGCAUUUCUGGGUAGUAUAAGCCGCUGCUCAGCCAAGUCCGAUGUUAAAUUGCACGGUCUACCUCUGGAAUCGGUGGGAGUUCACCCCGCGCUGGUCGUCGGCACGAUCUCCACCAUUGUCGCGGCGGUAUUACGUGUCUGGUGUUUCAAAACCCUUGGCCCGUUCUUUACCUUCGAAAUAACCAUCCGCCCAAAACACCACCUCAUCACUGACGGCCCGUAUGCGUGGGUUCGUCACCCGAGCUAUACAGGGGUGUACCUCACCUUGUUUGGAGCGUCACUGUCAUUAUGGUCCCCUGAGACGCUAAAUGUUGAAUGCGCUUCGCAGACCGCCGACUGGACAUCUUUGGGUCCAAUUUGGCACACUUGGCAAAGAACUUUUGGAAUGGCAUUUGCAGGCGUAUGGGUCGCGAAAUGUCUCUUCGCAUGUCAUGGAAUGACGACGAGGAUGAAGAAAGAAGAUAAUGUUCUAGAGGCAACAUUUCGGGAAUGUUGGGAGGACUAUGCGGAGAGGGUUCCCUGGAAGUUAAUUCCUGGUAUCUGGUAG